AAUGAAAAGUUGACAAGUGACAUUUAUUUAUUAUUUGUGGGAAAAACAAAUGUUGAGCACAGUAGCUUGAUUCGAUUGAAAAAUGAAAUUUAUUAUACAAUUAGUGAUCUUAUCUUUGUUUACAGUAUUUUCAUAUGCAAUAGAUGAAGGCGGCGUGGACCUUCCAGAAAAAUAUGUAAAAUCAGCCCAGUCUUCGACACAUACGAACAACUGGGCUGUUCUCGUUGAUGCAUCUCGUUUCUGGUUUAAUUACCGGCAUGUAGCGAAUGUCCUCUCUAUUUAUAGAUCAGUUAAGAGAUUAGGGAUCCCAGAUAGUCAGAUAAUUCUUAUGAUUGCUGAUGAUAUGGCUUGCAAUCCAAGAAAUCCACGCCCUGGCCAUGUUUAUAACAAUGCCAAUCAGCACAUUAAUGUGUAUGGGGAUGAUGUAGAAGUUGACUAUCGAGGAUAUGAAGUUACAGUGGAGAACUUCGUACGCCUCCUAACUGGUCGGACGCAAAAUAGUACAGCUCGAUCUAAGAAACUACUCACAGAUCCUGGAAGUAAUGUUCUAAUCUAUUUAACUGGGCACGGAGGAGAUGGAUUUCUUAAGUUCCAAGAUUCCGAAGAAAUAACAAGUCAAGAACUAGCCGACGCUGUUGAACAAAUGUGGCAGAAAGAAAGGUACAAUGAACUUUUGUUUAUGGUUGAUACUUGUCAAGCUGCUUCCCUUUAUGAGAAAUUCCAGUCACCAAAUGUAUUGGCAAUAGCCAGUAGUUUAGUUGGCGAAGAUUCGUUAUCACAUCACGUUGAUCCUUCUAUUGGUGUAUACAUGAUUGAUAGAUAUACUUUUUACGCCCUGGAGUUCCUAGAAAAAGUGCAACCUAAUAGUGACCGAACAAUGGGAGAGUUUCUGCAAGUAUGUCCAAAACGAGUUUGCAUUUCGACAGUGAGCGUUAGAAAAGAUCUUUACAAUCGGGAUCCAAAUAAAGUACCGAUAACUGAUUUCUUCGGAUCCAUACGUCCGACAGAGAUAUCAACUGGAAGAAUCAACAUAACAUUAGCUGAUGAAGAAGAUUUUUUUGAACAUCCAGUUGAAGACUUUACAUCCGCUAAUGAAAUUAAGUACCAAUUUGAACUUCAGUUCCCUGAUCACUUGUUUGGCGGAAAAAAAUAAAACAGUACAAAUAGUAUUUUAUUACUGAUUUCGCUUUAAAUAUUGUUUAUUAUUCUUUUUUUUUGAAAAAUACAAAAUUUGUAAACGAUUAGCGUUUUAUA